ACUCUUCAACUUUUUUGACUUCCCAUUCUUCGCCUCUGAACUUUAUGUUUAUCCCUUUUAGGAUUUAUUUGACUCUGCUAUCACAGUACAAAUAUCUAUCUGGGUUACUUCUCCGAUCAAGUUGCAGUGUUAAGAAGAUUAUUAUGUUUGAUUUUGAACUCCUCAUGAACAGUAUUCAGGUUGAUUUUACUCUGAUACUCUGUUUUGUGUUUGAUAUUAGGGCAUCAUGAUGAUGGGAUUGAGAGUUUGUGAAUUACUUUCUGCGGUGUCGUUUUGUUGCUUCAUGCUCCUUGCCGUAGCACAAAUUACCGAUCCCUCUGAAGUCUCUGCAUUAAUAGCGAUCAAGAGCAAUUUAGUUGAUCCUAUAAAGCAUCUCAAGAAUUGGAAUAAAGGGGAUCCAUGUACGUCUCGCUGGAGAGGAGUUUUAUGCUUUGAUUCAGUCAUGACUGAUGGUUACUUGCAUGUCCAAGAGCUCCAGCUAUUGAAUAUGAACCUGUCCGGAAGUUUAGCACCUGAGCUUGGCAAACUCUCACAGCUUAAUAUAUUAGAUUUCAUGUGGAAUGACUUAACUGGCAGUAUACCAAAGGAGAUUGGAAAUAUUGCAUCUUUGAAACUCCUCCUCUUGAAUGGAAACAAAUUAUCAGGUUCCAUACCCAAUGAGCUUGGGUAUCUUUCAAAGUUGAAUAGACUCCAAAUAGAUCUGAACCAGAUAUCAGGACCAGUACCAGAUUCAUUUUCAAAUUUGAGCAGUAUUAAGCAUCUCCACUUAAACAAUAACUCAAUCAGUGGUCAAAUUCCCCCUCAGCUUUCCAACUUAUCCACUCUCAUUCACUUGCUUCUGGACAAUAACAACUUAACUGGAUAUCUUCCAUCAGAGUUUUCGAACUUUCCGAAUUUGAGUAUACUUCAACUUGACAACAACAAUUUCAACGGGACUAAAAUUCCAGUUUCUUAUGGAAACUUCUUGGAACUAGUGAAAUUAAGUCUCAGAAAUUGCAGUUUGCAAGGAAAUGUACCUGAUCUCAGCAGGAUACUAAAGCUUAGCUAUUUAGAUCUCAGUCACAAUCGGCUCACUGGAUCCAUACCAUCAAAUCAGCUCUCUCAAACGAUGACAACAAUUGACCUGUCAAAUAACCAACUUAAUGGAUCUAUUCCAGAAAGUUUCUCAAGUCUCCCUUCCCUACAGAAACUGUUACUUGAGAAUAAUUAUUUGACUGGUUCUGUGCAUGCUAGCAUUUGGAAGAACAUGUCCUUCAUUGCAAAGGCUAGACUCCUACUUGAUCUUGAGAAUAAUUCACUUUCAAACAUUGUUGGAGAUCUCAAUCCUCCGGAAAAUGUUACCCUUAGGCUACACAGCAAUCCUAUCUGCAACAAUGCAAACAUACCAAACAUAGGCCAAUUCUGUGGAUCUCAAACUGGAGGGAAUGACAUUCCAGAGAACUUAACGAAGUCAACUAUGGUUUGUCUAAUUCAGGCAUGCCCUGUGGAUGGUAACUAUGAAUAUAUGCCAGUUUCUCCAAUGCCGUGCGCUUGUGCAGCACCUCUGAGAAUUGGGUAUCGGCUAAAGAGUCCUAGUUUCUCUUAUUUCUCUCCAUAUGUUUAUCAAUUUGAGACGUACUUGACAAGUUCUCUUAACUUGGAACCUUAUCAACUAUCUAUCGAAUCGAUUGUCUGGGAAGAAGGACCUCGUCUGAGGAUGUAUUUGAAGCUUUUCCCUAGGAUCAUUGAUGAUCACACACAUAUUUUCAACUUAAGUGAGAUUCUGCGCAUUAGAGGCAGAUUCACAUCUUGGAACUUUACUGGUAGUGACUUGUUUGGACCUUAUGAGCUUCUCAACUUCACUCUUUUGGGGCCAUAUUCAUAUGUGAAUUUCGGGACUCAAGUGAAAGGUAUAAGCAAAGGUGUUUUGGUAGCUAUUGUAUUAGCAGCUGUUGCCGUUUCUGUUAUAGUCUCUGCAGUGGUUACAUUUUUGGUUGUUAGAAGACAUGCUAGACACCAGCAUACCCUGUCAAGAAGGCGUUCAUCCUCCUCAAGGCUGUCUAUAAAGAUUGAUGGUGUUAAAAACUUCACCUUUAAAGAAAUGACAUUGGCAACUGAAGACUUCAAUAGCUCAACUCAAGUUGGUCAAGGAGGUUAUGGGAAGGUUUAUAGAGGAAUUUUAUCUGACAAUACAAUUGUGGCCAUAAAGCGUGCUAAAGAAGGAUCUUUACAAGGCCAAAAGGAAUUCUUAACAGAGAUACAAAUGUUGUCUAGGUUACAUCACCGAAAUCUAGUUUCGUUGGUUGGAUACUGUGAUGAAGAAGGAGAGCAGUUGUUGGUUUAUGAGUUCAUGCCUAAUGGCACUUUGCAAGAUUGGCUCUCUGCUAAAUCCAAGGAGACUCUGAACUUUGGUGUGAGGUUACAAAUUGCAUUGGGUUCAGCCAAGGGCAUCCUUUACCUCCAUACCGAAGCUGACCCACCUAUAUUCCACCGCGAUAUCAAAGCCAGCAACAUAUUGCUGGACACCAAACUUACUGCUAAAGUUGCUGAUUUUGGACUUUCACGUCUUGCACCAGUUAUGGAUGAUGAAGGGACAGUACCUAAUCAUGUAUCCACAAUUGUAAAGGGAACACCAGGAUACCUUGAUCCUGAAUAUUUCUUGACCCGUAAACUGACGGACAAAAGUGAUGUUUACAGCCUUGGUGUCGUGUUUCUGGAGAUCUUGACAGGAAUGAAACCAAUUACACAUGGCAAAAACAUUGUCCGCGAGGUGAAUUUAGCUCAUCAAUCGGGCACAAUGUUCUCGAUCAUAGACAGCAGAAUGGGUUCUUACCCCGCUGAAUGCGUUGAGAGGUUAAUAGCUUUGGCACUCGGUUGUUGCCAGGACAAGCCAGAACAACGACCCUCGAUGUUGGAUGUGGUCAGGGAGCUAGAAAACAUUCUCCGAAUGAUGCCAGAAACCGAAUUGGACUCGUCAAAAUCCACAUUAAAAUAUUUUGGUGAAUCGGCUUCGUCAUCUUCCUGGGGCUUCACAACCAGGGAUCCAUAUGUAUCUUCGAUUGUGUCAGGAAGUGAUCUUGUCAGUGGGGUCAUUCCUACCAUAACACCUCGCUGAUGUUCAUAGAAUUUUUGUAUGUGGAAGAAAUCAUCAAAAUCUGUACUUUGGGAGCAAAAAUAGUUUUAUUCUGUAAAUAUUUUUGUAGUUUUUAUUUUGUAUGCCAACAUUGUUUUAGUUUUAACCAUGCAAAUGUAUUGCUCUUCUUUUUACAUGUUUAUACGUUCUACUUAAAUAGAUAGGUGGAGAUGAUAUCAAUAUAGUUAAUUCUUAAGUAAAAUUUUCACA